AUGCCGAUCGGCGAAGAGUUUGAAAUAUCGAGGGCUUUUGGAUCUCUGGUACCGAGAUUCUCCAACCCGGAGAUGCUUUCCCUUCCGUCCCAGCUAUCCAGUGCAUGCCUCCUUAUCCUCGCAGAUCUGGUUCGAGCCAAACCACAGCUACCCUCCUGGUCGCCUGGACCCCAAGCAAAGCUGAAGGCGCAAGAUGGGGUCACCUUCGACCCGCUUGGCGUUGCAGCCGUCCUUUACAACCCUCGAGUCGAUCAUAGUGCCGCACGACUCUACACCCAGUAUGAUCAUGGUCUCUUCACCUGGCCGCACAUGAUUAUGAUCGGGGGCACCCUGCCUCCGAUGCAGAUGCUGGUCGAACGUCUCACGGCAACCAUGCGGUGGAUUCACCCGUCAAUCAAGCUAUGCGCGAAAGAUACCACAAUGCUUCCUGUUCAAUCAGAUGUCUCUGAGAAUGUUUUUCAACAGCUGCCCUUGAACCUCAGUAAUGUCUGGUUCAGCGACAUUGUGUCUUUCGAAACGUCAAGCCACCCGGGCAAUGACUUUGCGGUGGUCGUUGUGGACACAAUCUUCCAGCCGUUAUCAGAGGCGAAACGACAUGUCCGGGACAGGCUGGGGAUCGUCAGGUGGCGGAUCCUGAAAUGGGCCUUGGAUCUAAGCGGCCUUGUCAACGGGGCCAUGCUGUUCGCCGGUACUGUCUUUGGGAUUCUAGUGGCGGAUAUCUGGGCGUUCACCUUGUUCUUUCUAUACAGCAGCCAUUGGCUGGCUUCCCUGCUGAUAUCGCGCACCAGCAUGGUCAAGAUUCAUAAACCGGCCCGCGUGAAGCCCGAUUCCACACUGAGGUAUGCGGUCUGGCAACGGGCAGAAGGCGGCACCGUCAUCUUCAAAGGUCGACAGAACAAGCUUGAGGAAUGGGCACGAUCAACGUGGGAGUACGAUCGGACGUGGGUCAAGGACUGCCUUCAUUGGCUCUGGAUCAUGUCAGGAACCUUGUCAGGAAUUGCCUCGGUGGCGUGCAUGGUGAAUAUGCGCGGCUAUAUGCAACUGGCAUUUCUUGGAACUCUCAUAUAUGGGUCGCUGGCGGAAAUUGGUGCCACCCGAAUCGCCCGCAUCCUACAAACAGCCGCCCAUGGCGAGGUUCCCAAGGCCACGGUUCAAGACAACAAAUACCGGACUGAGGGUAUCAUCCGUGCAACACUGGAGGUUGACGAAAGUUGUCGGCUGACGAACCUCGACUGGAUCGAAUUGGGUUUGCUUCCUUCCUAUCCGGUAUUCCACAAAAUGCAAGAGCUUUUGCGUGACCUCAGCACAACCCAGACAAAUGAGGACAAAACGAAAAGUUCUGGCGAUAUACGAGACGGCACGAUACAUGAAAAAUGCGCACAAUUUCUCGAGUUGUUCGAUUUCCCACAUCAUCACGAGGGACUGGCCAAAAGAAUCGUCAAAGAGAUACAAAGGGCACUGGGGAUCAAAAUGCCCGCUGAAGCCACAGAGGGGUGA